UGAGUGUACUGUAUCAGCUGUUGGUUUACUACCUGAUCAGCCGGUGAAAGAGGUUUGUGCAACACCCAAGAAGUGCUUUUUGUUUUUAGUUGGUUGUUUAAAAGUUUAACACUUUGUAAAUUAAAUUAAUGGUAGUUGUAAAUUAAAGGAUGUUUUCGUUUCUCAAAAGUCGGCCCAUUUUUUGGGCAAGUGUUACAGGCACCACGAUUGGUGCUGCGUUCUUUAUCAAGGAUUUGAUGCAAGGAGAGAGGUUCAAAAAUGCGAUAAAAGCUGAAAAUAAGGUAGUCAUUGUGACAGGGUCGAAUACAGGCAUCGGUAAGGAGACCGCACGGGAGUUGGCCAAACGUGGCGCCACGGUUUACAUGGCCUGUCGUGAUAUGCAGAAAUGCGAAGAGGCUCGCGAUGAAAUUGUUUUAGAAACCUAUAAUAAACACGUUUACUGCCGGCAAUGUGACUUGGCAUCGUUAGAAUCGGUGCGGAAGUUUGUUGAGAGUUUUAAAAAAGAACAACAGCGGCUCGAUAUUCUUAUUAACAAUGCUGGUGUAAUGCGUUGCCCGCGUUUGCUAACCAAGGAUGGUUUUGAAAUGCAAUUAGGUGUUAAUCAUAUGGGCCACUUCCUACUUACUAAUUUAAUGCUGGAUUUGCUAAAAAAAUCUGCGCCAAGCCGAAUAGUGACAGUUUCUAGUUUGGCACAUACGCGUGGAGAAAUCAAUGUAGCCGAUUUGAAUAGCGAUAAAUCAUAUGAUCCCGGCACAGCUUAUAAUCAAAGUAAAUUGGCAAACAUAUUAUUUACUCGUGAACUUGCUAGACGCUUGGAAGGUACUGGCGUUACAGCUAAUGCGCUGCAUCCUGGCGUGGUGGAUACGGAACUUUUUAGACACAUGGGCUUCUUCAAUAGUUUCUUUGCAAGCUUAGUUUUCAAACCGCUGUUUUGGCCCUUCAUUAAGUCACCUCAGAAUGGUGCUCAAACUACACUUUAUGCUGCCUUGGAUCCAGAAUUAAUUAAUGUGUCCGGAAAAUAUUUUAGUGACUGCAAUUUGAAAGACGUAGCGCCUGCUGCCUUGGACGAUGCUCUAGCAAAGUGGUUAUGGGCUGUUAGUGAAAAGUGGACCAAGCUGAAAGUUUAAUAUUUUACACUUACAAACAAGUUUUAAAUAAAUGCCAUUUGGUUAUGAAAA